UCUGGCUCGGUGCGCCGUCAGAGUGAAUGCGUGUGGAUAGACUGGUCGCCGGUGAGAAAACAAUUUACUAAAAAAAAUCAUACUGGAGUGACGCCUUCGUGCGACAGCGACACUUUCCUCCUUGUUUCCUCCUUUCCGGUCGGAUCAAGCGAAGCAGCGAAGAAACUUCAAGUCCAGUCCGUGAGACCGUGAUCGGGCUUCGGUCUCAGGUGCAUCUCUGAGGCGGAGCGACGCGGAGGUCCAGGUUUUGUGGAGGCAUGGACUGUAACUGCGUCAGUGAUCUGCUGCUCCCCCCGGUGCCCGCCCUCUGGACGCCAGGGAUCGCCUUCCCAGAGUGGGCCUACAAGCCCGAGUCGAGCCCCGGCUCCAGACAGAUCCAGCUGUGGCACUUCAUCCUAGAGCUCCUGCAGAAGGAAGAGUACCAAGGGGUGAUAGCCUGGCAGGGAGACUACGGGGAGUUUGUCAUCAAGGACCCAGACGAGGUGGCCCGACUGUGGGGGAUAAGGAAAUGCAAACCUCACAUGAACUAUGACAAACUGAGCAGGGCUCUGAGGUAUUACUACAACAAGCGUAUUUUGCACAAAACCAAAGGGAAGCGUUUCACCUACAAGUUUAACUUCAGUAAGGUUGUGCUGGUGAACUACCCCAUCCUGGACAUGGCCAGCUCGCCCUUCUUCCUUGCCCAGAACCAUUUCAACGGGGGCUCCACCACACCAGACUGCAGCCCAGAGGCCAUACAGUCCUUGUUUCCUCGUUUGCCAGACACCAGCAGAGGAACUUCCCUUUUCGAUCGGGGGACCACAGCACCAGGACCUGAAGGGGACAAACUGAGACUGGACUCAUUUCCUUUCCUAAGUUCAGGUGCACCGUGCUAUUCAAAACCCCCGUCCCUGCUGGGCCCGUACCCUCGCAACCCACCCUUUGACUACCCCUGGGGCUUCAAUCCCUACCUCCCAGGGGCCUUCUCUCUCAACAACUGCCCAAAACUGCCCCCUGGCUCCCUCUACCCCUCCCAGUUUUACCCCAACCCCUUGCAAAGCAGCCUUUCACAGCUGCCUCACCCCUUCUCCUCCCUGCUCCCGCCUGGAGAGGCAGGUGGGGGUGAGAGGGGAGCAGCGGGGCAAACUGGCGGGACAAAUGGCACAGCGGGUGGUCAGCCGGCCAGACUCUGCCUGCCGCCGUACCAGGGCAGCCUGUCGAUGGGUCGGACAGACAUUGGCAGCGGGGUGACACUGGGAGAAAGGGUGGAGCCCAAUCCUCCGGGUCUCGGCUUGACCUUGGGCCUGGGAGCGGUCAGCUUAGGAGCUGGGACUGGGACAGACCAGCAGAGCCCCACAGAGAGAAGAGGAGGGGUGAAGCAGGACCCAGAGUCAGACUCAGACCUGGAGAUAACAGAUCUGAGCGACUGCAGCUCGGACAAUGAAAAUGAGCAUGAAUUUGGCAUUCGGAAGGAAUCCAGCCAUGCGAACCGAUCACAGCUUGUGUUAGAUGGGAAGAAAGGAAGCGUGUUGCCUCCCAUCUCCUCUCUUCCUCCACCAGUGUCCCCACAUCCACUGAAGAGCCUGAUGCCCAUUACUCCUCCUCCCCCAUCCCUGCCUAGGUCACUCUCACCUUCCAUGGCUCUGCAUGAAAGACACAGGGAGACAGAGACUCUCAAACUGAUACACAGCUAAGACAUUUUCUGAUGUGUCCUCCAUCUUGCCAGUCUAUGGUCUGAUAACUCUCUUUUUCUUUCCUUUUGUUUCUCUGAGAUGAAUUUUCCACUUUAAAUCAUCAGAUCUUUUCCAGCCCUUUUCCAGGAAUGGCAGUUAACUUCUUUUACUUCUAAAACUGCAGUUUUCCUGUUUGCUGUGCAAGUUUUGAGCUUGCCAGCAGUCCAUUACACUACUGAUUCAUUCAUCUUAGAAUAUAUGGGGUGUACAGUUUUUAGAGUGUCGGCUGUCUCGUCCUUUUUAUUUUGAUCUCUCGCACCAAAUGGUUUGUAGAUUUGCUUUAUGCAUUGCCAGCACUAGUCUACAAUUUGCUGUCUGCAGCUGAGCUACGAAAGAAGGCAUCGAGGUGGGAAAUUACAACACAGCAAUUCCUGCCUUGACAAACAUUAACAAACAACAUCCCUAAACUAACAGAACAACAAAUGAUGCUCAGAUCGAUCCAAUUUUACAGAUUUGUCCUGUAAUUCUACAGAUUUAGACUAUAAAUAAUUACUGUGGCUUUUAAGACAUGGUCAAAUACUGCCACCUAGUGGUCCUUUCACUCAAUGUCGUUUUCAAAGAACUGCAAGUGUGUGAGUGAAGCUACUGCCCUGAGUUCAUUUUGCACUGUUUUUUAAAAUAUAUAUAUUGUUUAUUGUGGGUUAAUUUAAAUGUUAACAAUCCAUCUGUUCAAUAGUGCUAACUGUGACGGUCUGUGCGUAUUUACUUUGUCUUGGUGCACAUUUUCUAACAGGAAAGAAAAAGAGAGCAGGAAGGAGCUGGACCAAUCUAGAAUUUGUAUGAAUAUUUCUGUAUAUAUUUUAAUAUGGUGUACAUGACAUUUAAUUAUAAUUCACUAUGAUAAGAUUUAGCUGUAUUGUUGUGAUUUUAUUCAGUAUUUAAACAUGUUGGAAAAUUAUAAGCUUAGGUGUAUCAAAAUUGAAAUUAUUAAUGGCAGAAGAUCUGCACUCUGAAGACUUUUUUUUAAUGUUGAGGACUGAGCUCACGUUGGGAUUUGUCUCUGAUUUCCUCAACCCCAGUUAAUUGUGCCCUUUGGUCAUUUUGUUCUUGCCAGAUGCCCAGUGUACAAACCCUUUGGGUUCAAAAACAUGCCGGCAGACUUAUUUUUCUAGUUAGCAUUCACCCAAUGUUCCUGUACUGUAAUUAAUCUAAUGUGAAUAAUAUUGGUCUUUGCAUUUUCUUCUUUAAAUCCUCCCCCCAAAAUCUGUUUUGAUUAUUUUUCAAUCGAUUCUUUUUGUCCAUGCCAGCAGCAGAGCAAUUUGUUUUGCUUGAGGACACUAAACAGUGGUGGGAGGGAAUACUUACAAAAAAAACUGUACCUUUCCUCUCCCCAGAUCUUAUGACCAACAUCCUUUCUACAGCCCUGUUUCUCAGCGUGGAGUGAACAGUGAAUCAUAUUGUACAGUUUCAUAGCCUUUAUGCCGAUGGUUUGUCAAACAGUGGCAGUAUACCGAUUAUUUGUGAAAGCUCUAUUGUAAAGUUAAUGUAAAACUCUAUGUUUGUUGAGUUGCUCCAGGAAAGGCCUCCAGUCACCUCCACAGGAAGAACACUAACAGCUGUAAAUACUAUUUCCUCGUGUGUGUGUGUGUGUGUAUGUGUGUACACAUCCAGAAAUGACAGUGCAGUGGUUUUACCUGUCAUCUUUCUUUGUUUUACUGUAAAGAGGAAAAAUGGAAAGUGCAAAAAGAAGAAAAAGAGUAAUAUCUUCAA